UACACACACAUAUCCAGGGCAAUUCACGCACAUUCACAGUCAGUGAUGCACUCAUGAAUUUUAAACAUUCAGAAUAGUUGUACACAGUUGUAUAUCUGUGAAUUGGGUUUUGCAUUUGUGAAACGUUUUUAUUAAUAUUUAUUCUUAUUUUGUGCACGUGAAUUGGUUUUCAUGCAUGUGGAUUGGGAUAUGCAUGUGCAUCGUUAUUUUUUUUUAUUUUUUUUUUAUUUUUUUGUGGAAAUUAUUAUUGAGUCUAAUCUGCUUCCAUAGAAACCUCCUUUGGUUUCUACGUGCUUCUGUUACCAAUAACCCAUCAACUUCAUCCACUGAUUCCUAUGCAACUCUCAACACAUGCGUGGUGAGCUGCCAAGAGACUCUCCAAGACAUCUGGCUUUUUCAGAGCGAGUUUCUCCAAGAUGAAGCUCAAGGCACACGCAUCCAGUGGGUUUGUGAAGACGAGCGCUCGUGGAGAGACAUCUCUGAAGAGGCUUUAGUUGUGAAUCAUAUUUGGAUUAAACUUCUGGAAAUUUUGAGCCGUUCCUCCCUAACGCCCUUCAUGAGCAUGGUCAAAGAAGGACUGUGUGUUUCAUAGCAGUGUGUGCCUAUGUCAGAUUCUCCGUUACAUUUCUACAAGCUCAAGGGCUGAUAUGAAUAAAGUAGCAUUGUGGUCAAAGGAGGAGGUCUCACUCUGGCUCACCGAUCAGGGGCUGCAGGAAUACUCUGAACCAUUACGAAACUACGAUGGACUGGCUUUGUUAAGUCUUACGACGGAUGACUUCAAGAGGUCACCCCUCUCCAGGGUCUCGUCGGACGGUGGUUGUCUGCUCCUGGAAAAGAUUGAGACUCUUAAGAUCGAGCAUCAUAUCGACGUCCACAAGAAUGGACAUGCCAAUGGGCACAUGGUGUUGAAUCAUAACGGGAAUGCUGGGAGUGCCGGAAAGGCUUACCAGAAUGGCAUGGUGAAUGGCUUCCACAAGGAACUGGUGCAGAUUCCCAUACCAGAGCCAGCUUCUCCACAGUUCCCUCCUGAGUGGGGAAAGACCGCCGUGGCUUUUGUCUAUGCCUUAUGCUGCUUCGUCUUGACCACCGUCAUUAUUUCUGUGGUCCAUGAACGUGUGCCUCCUAAGGAGGAUUCUCCACCUCUCCCUGACAAGUUCUUUGACUUUUUUGAUCGAGUGGAGUGGGCUUUCACUAUAUGCGAGAUCAACGGAAUGAUUCUGAUGGUCUUGUGGAUUAUACAGCUGAGUCUCUUAAAACAUAAAUCAAUUGUAGGUCGACGCUUCUUUUUCAUAGUCGGGACGCUCUACCUCUACAGGUGCAUCACCAUGUACAUUACUACUCUUCCUGUGCCUGGAAUGCACUUCAAAUGCUCUCCUAAGCUGUAUGGUGACUGGGAAUCUCAGAUGCGGCGGGUGAUGAAAAUGAUUGCAGGGGGAGGUCUGACCAUCACAGGCUCUCACAACAUGUGUGGAGACUAUUUGUACAGCGGCCACACGGUCAUGCUCACCCUCACUUAUCUCUUCACGAAGGAGUAUUCUCCUAGAAGGUUCUGGUGGUACCACUGGGGCUGCUUGGCUCUGAGUGCAAUAGGAGUGUUUUGCAUCCUUCUUGCUCAUGACCACUACACAAUUGAUGUCGUCGUGGCCUACUUCAUCACCACACGUCUCUUCUGGUGGUAUCACACAAUGGCCAACCAACAUGCUCUCAAAGAGAUGUCCCAGACCAACUUUUUCACCCACGUAUGGUGGUACCGAUUUUUCCGGUACCUGGAAAGCAACGUUCUCGACGUUGUCCCCCGCAGCUUCCAGAAGCCCUUCACAUGGCGAUCGCUGCAUUGGGGGCAUGUGAAGUACACACGAAUAGACUCAGAUUGACCAGUGUGCAAAUGCUACAUUUGGAAGAUGUGCCUUAAGUGCCUAAACAAGCCUGGAGUUGUAUCUAGAACCUUUAAUUAACAUAACCAGUCAUCCAAAGUAUCUCAUUCCUCUGUGAUGUCCUCCCAGGAUUGGUCUUUGGAUGUAAAACUUAGCACAUAUAGGGCUGAAAACAAUAAUGGCUUUAGGAGAAACCAUUGUCAGUGAUUUUGUGUUACUGGGCUUGUGUUGGCCCAUAGCAUCAUCCUGCAUCGCACCAACAAAAUUCACAAAAGAUGAGCCAGCAAACUAAAAUGGCAAGUUAUCUUUUUGUAUCUUCAUUAUCUUUCCCCAUGUUUACAGGCACAAAGCUUUUUUGUUAACUCAAGUAAGCAAUUUGACAAACUAUAAAAAGUGCAUUUUUCUGUUUGGAAGGAACAAGAAUCAGUUUUGUACAGCCUUGCAUUUUUCUAGUUGUCUGCUAAACAACACUUUGCUGUCAGAAAAGGUUUGUUUUUUUAAUUAAUUCUUUACAUCCAGAGCUACAGAUGAUGUUUAUCAUUUGGAAAAUCUAAUCUUCCUAAGUGCCUUAAUAGUUCAUUGCGAACAGUGGUCUGACAGUCAACUGUAGUAAUGUUUUUAUGUUUAUUCAAAGACAAUUUCAGUGUUUUGGACCACCUAUGCUUGAAACAGAACUCACCUCGUCACUCGAAUGUAACAAUACUGUUCCUUUUGAAAGUGUAUUUCCAUGACCGUGUCAACAAAGCUAAUUUCAUUGUCAAUAACCAUUUCUCAGAAUGUAUUUAUUCAAGUCUUCGUUCUGUUAUAUAGAGUAUUUGUUUCUGGAAUAGUUUUUUUGGCAUGUUUGUCUUUCAGACAGCUGGUGCUUUAUGAUUCUGACUGAAAUCCGGGUCUCUGGGGUGUUCAGUUUCUGUGUUUAACUGACAAAAUUAUCCAUCCUCUCCAUGAGCUGGAACAGAUGAUCUGCCCCACUGACCAUCCAAUACCACAAGCUGCUAUAUUAAGACAUAAUAAUAGGAGGUGUCCAUUGACAAACAAAUAAAUUACAAAAUAUCAGAUCAAAA